AUGCGGACCCUCUCCUCUCUCGCGCGGCGGCCGUCGCCAGUGUUGCUGCUGCUGCUGCUGCUGCUGCCGCCGCCGUGGCCAGUCUGUGCCCAGUUGUCCGCCGCGGCCGCCACCCGGGGAACCCCAGGCGCCCAGGACUGCCCGGAGGCGUGCGCGUGCGCGCCGGGCGGUCAGGCCAACUGCUCGAGGCGCGCGCUACCCGCCGUGCCCGCGGGCCUGAGCCGGCGCGUGCGCGCGCUGCUGCUGGACCAUAACCGCGUGCGCGCGCUGCCGCCCGGCGCCUUCGUGGGCGCUGGCACGCUGCUGCGCCUGGACCUGCGCGAGAACGGGCUGCGCUGGGUGCACGCGCGGGCCUUCUGGAGCUUGGGCGCGCUGCAGCAGCUCGACCUCAGCGGCAACCAGCUGGAGGCGCUGGCGCCCGGCACCUUCUCGCCCUUGCGCGCGCUGCGGUCCCUCUCGCUGGCGGGCAACCGGCUGGCGCGCCUGGAGCCCGCGGCGCUGGGCGCGCUCCCGCUGCUGCUCGCGCUCAGCCUGCAGGACAACGAGCUGUCGGCGCUCGCGCCGGGACUGCUGGCCGGCUUGCCCGCUCUCCGCGCACUGCGUCUGCGCGGCAACCCCUGGGUCUGCGGCUGCGCGCUGCGCCCGCUCUGUUCCUGGCUGCGCAGGCACCCGCGGCCGGCGCCAGAGGCCGAGACGCUGCUUUGCGUGUUGCCAGGGCGACUGACGCUCAGACCCUUGACCGCCUUAACGGACGCCGCCUUCAGCCGCUGCGCGCAGUCGCUCGCCCCGCGGGACCUGGCCGUGGUCUGCGCGCUCGGGCCCGUCUCCUUUCUCGCCAGCCUGGCCGUCUGCCUGGCGCUGGGCUCCGUGCUCACCGCCUGCCGCAUGCGCCGCUGCCGCGCCACCGCCCUCGGCCUGCGGAGGAGAGCGCUGGACCCCGGCCCUGGGAGCCCCGCGGCCGCUGCUCAGGCCUGAGCGGGCCUCGGCUGUUCUCAAAUCUUCCCCCGUCCCCUGCCCUCCUUCACACCCACUGCAGGCGUCAACAAGCGACACAGAAA